AUGACUCGACUGAGCUUCGUUCUUCUCUCCCUCCUGGCAUCCUCCAUCGCGGCCUCCCCCACCGAACAUCAACACCGCGAUGACCUCCUGAACUCCCACAACGAGCACAACCUCAAUCCCAUCCACAACGCCCUUCACCGUCUCUCUGCUCGCUUCCGCGAUGGGAUCUUUCCCUCUGAUACCGAUGCCGUGAGCGCUCUCCAGCACGACGACGAAUCCCUGGGCAAGCGCUUGUUGGACCUCGUCAAGAGACAAGACGUCGGAGGUAAUACCACCACCACUGCCACUGAUGCAACUGCCAUUGCAACCACCCCUGCUUCUGCUUCUGCUUCUGCGACUGAGUCCGAGGAAUCUUCUUCUGAGUCCACGUCGGUGACAGCUUCUCCUUCAGACAUUUCUUCGUUGUUGCCUUCUUCCGACCAGGCUUCGUCUACGGAGGCCUCUUCCACGGAUCAAUCGAGCUCGACUGCGGCAUCUACUUCAGACCAGGCUAGUUCCUCGGCGGGGUCUACUGGUAGCUCCAGUGCUGAAAGUACUACCGAGAGUAGCACUGCCGAGAGUAGCACCGCCGAGAGUAGCACCGCCGGGAGUAGUACUGCCGAGAGUAGCACUGCCGAAUCUAGCACUGCCGACUCCAGCACUACCGACAGCAGUUCUGCCAGCAGCAGCAGCAGCAGCAGCAGUGCAUUGGAGACCGAGUCGUCCACGCCUGCGUCGACUACGGCCUCGUCUACUACUUCGUCUACUGCUGGAUCUAGCACCUCGACCAACCCGUCUACUACCAUGUCUACUUCUGCUUCGCCUUCUUCCACUUCUGCUUCGUCUACUACAUCUACCGAGACCAGCUCGAGCACCACCAGCACCACCAGCACUACUUCUUCCUCGUCUACCGAGACUACCACCCAAAACACCACUCCUUAUACUUCUACGUACCAGAGCACCACGACCAUGGCGAACGGUGAGCGCAGCACUGUGACCAUGUUCACUGUCGUGCAUCCCACUGCGUCGACGACUUCUUCUGCGAAGCCAGGUCUGCAGACCGAUACGUCGGGUGCUACUACCACGAAUCUGAAGCGUGAGUUCUUGGCUAUCAUUGCCGGUGCUGCUGUUGUUGCCAUGGCGCUGUAG